UGAAGAAAAUCACAUAUCAUCAUAUAACGGUCUGGAACGUUUGGCGCGAAGUAAACAUGGUUUGAUGGAUAGAUACGAAUGCCUCAGGCUCAUCGAUUCAUGUAGAACACUAUCUAGGGCACGAGAGAUUCACGACCGCACGCGCCCACUCUUCUCAUCCUCCUCCGAUCCCUUCCUCCAUAAUAAACUCAUCGAAAUGUAUGGCAAAUGUGGUGGUGUGAGGGAGGCCCGGCAGAUCUUUCAGGAGCUUGGCGCUGGCGGAAGGAACUCCUUUUCCUGGAUUGCGAUGAUCUUGGCGUGCUCCAGGAAUGGGCUCCUGGACGACGCCAAGCGGCUCUUUGACGCAAUGGCGGAUCAAACGCUGGUGGCGUGGAAUGCGAUGGUGUCCGCCUAUGCCCAGAACGGGCAUCUCGAUGAGGCGCGGGAGCUAUUCGAUCGAAUGCCACUCUUGGAGCUAGUCUCCUGGAACGCGAUGCUAACGGCAUAUGCCCAGGUCGGGCAUCUCGAGGGUGCGCGAGGAAUCUUUAACGCAAUGCCAGAGGUGAAUAUGCUCUCCUGGUCCGCGAUGCUCACGGCAUAUGCUCAAUGCGGGCAUCUUAACGAGGUUAGGCAAGUCUUUGAGCAAAUGCCACAGAGGAAUCUUGUCACAUGGACGGCUUUAGUAACGGCAUAUGCUCAAAAGGGGGAUCUUGAGAAAGCCAAGUACUACUUUGAUCAAAUGCCUGAGAGGAAUCUUUUGUCGUGGACCGCGAUGCUUGGAGCAUAUGCCCAGAACGGGCAUUUGGAGGAAUCAAGACGAAUGUUUACAGAGAUGCCGUACCAGGAUCUUUUGUCAUGGACGGCGAUGCUGUCCGCGUACGGACAGAAUGGUCGCCUUGAUGAAGCAAAAGCGAUGUUCAGUCGCAUCCCACAGCAGGAUCUCGUCUCGUGGACGGCGAUGCUCAGCGCAUAUUCCCAAAACGGGCAUCUUGACGAGGCAAAGCGGAUGUUCGACGGAAUGCCACGGAGAAAUCUUCUCUCCUGGACGGCGCUGCUCACUGGCUUUGCUCAACACGGCCGGGUUGACGCAGCCAAGAUCCUGUUUCACCAAGUGCCGCAGCAGAAUCUCGAGGUCUGGAACGCGAUGAUGUCGUGCUACGUGUUGAAUGGUCUCACCAUCAACGCCAAGAAGAUGUUUCUCUCGAUGCCUCACAGGGACUUAGCCUCUUUCAACACAGUCCUCGCGGGGUUGAGCCAAACCGGCCAGCUCGAGUCGGCUAAAUGCCUCUUUGAGGAGAUGCCACAGAAGGAUUUGUUCUCGUGGACUUCCAUGCUAGCAGCGUAUGCCCAAUGCGGCCACCUCGAAGAAACAAAAACUAUACUCAACUCUAUGCCGCAGCAAAACAUGGUUGCGUUAACGAUAAUGCUUUUCGCAUAUGCCCAAGACGGGCAUCUCAACGAAGCAAAGUCAGUUUUUGAUAGCUUGCCGGAACAAAACUUGGUGUCCGGCAAUGCCAUGCUAGCAGCAUAUACCAGGAACGGGCAUAUCCAAAUGGCUAGGAAUCUUCUCAAUAUCAUGCCUGAGCUUGACAUCGUUUCGUGGAGCACUCUUCUUCAUGCGUAUGCUCAUAGGGGAGAUUACCACGACGCUAAAGAAGUGUUUGACAGCUUAAAGUCCCUCCACCAGCCGGAUGAAUCUUCUUUCGUGUCGAUCAUCAUCGCUUGCAGCCAUGCCGGCAAAGUUUACGAUGGAAGGUGCUGCUUUGUUUCGAUGAAGCUCGACUUUGGUCUCGAGACCACCAAGCAGCAUUUCUUCUGCGUUCUGGAUCUUCUGGGACGGUCCGGGUACCUGCACGAGGCGGAGGAGCUCGUCUUUACGAUGCCGUUUGUUCCGAAUAUCUUGGACUGGACGUGCUUGCUCGGGUCGUGCAAGAGUCACAAGGACGUCGAGAGGGGAGCUCGGCUCGCACAGUGUGUCCUUGAGUUGCAUCCUGGCGAUCCAUCGCUCUACGUUGUGCUUGCGAACAUGUGUUCGACUGAUGAUGCCGAUCUUAAUUCAGCAGCUCGUGUUGGAUCGUGGAGAAAGCAUCUGAUCAAACUGCGAGAUCAAACGAGAGUGAGAGAGCUAUCGCUGAUCAAGUAAGAACCUCUGUACCUGGAUUUCUUACAGCAGGCCCGGUCCAGCAUUCUAUAAGACAGAACUCGCAUUAAAA